ACACUUGUCGCUCUUCACUCCUUUCUUCGCGUCGCCAAUCCUAAUUCCCAAACUUAUAUUCUCUUUCUCAGAUUCCCUGCAUUUCAUCAGAUUCUUCCAGGUUUCCCUUCAAUUUACAGGUUUGUCGGAUUCUAAUUUGUUUUGCAAGCCACUGGGAAUUCAUCAAAAUUCUGCUUCGACUUUUUUUUUUUGUGUGUAUGAAGAAUGCGGCUUAAUUAGAUGUUGGAUUCUUAGUGACACUCUGCGUGCCCUAAAUCAGGUUUCCAUGGCAGAACUCAUUGAAGCUACUUCUUGAAAUAUUGGAAAGUUCUUGAGGUCUUUCUCGAUUGAAGUAUAUCUGAGUGGAGUAGGCUACAUUCGCAUUGCAUUUUCCGGUCGUAAGAGUAAACAUGGUUGUUUUGGCGUAUUCAGGGGUGUUUUACCACACAGAAAUUAGUCUUUUCCAAAAUAAACAACUUACUAACAAUGUAAGAUUCAUACGAAGGGGGUCUGAUAUUAUUAAUGGGAGUCUAACAAUGACUAGAUCUUCGGUAGCAUGGAACUCCCAUUGCGUGAAAUUACUAAAAUCAGGGCAGUUAGGGCCAAGAUUUCGGAAUUUCUUACCACGAACAAGAAAGAAGCAGUCUUUUACCCAUUCGAUCGAAACAAUUGCAGCUGAGGCUAUAAAAAAAAUUGACUACCCAAAGAUGUUACGGCUCAUUGUUCGUAAUCAUUCGACCUACGCCAAGAGCGCAGCAAUCUUACUUACACUGACAUUAUUGAUUGUUCCGAGAGCUGAAGCUGUGGAUUCCUUAAAAAUCGUAACCUGUUUGGUCAGGGAGUGCAGGUUGGAGCUUGCAAAGUGUGCUGCAAACCCGUCGUGUGCAGCUAACAUUGCCUGUCUUCAGACAUGCAAUGAUAGACCCGAUGAAACCGAAUGUCAGAUAAAGUGCGGAGACUUGUUUGAAAAUAGUGUUGUUGAUGAAUUCAAUGAGUGUGCAGUCUCACGAAAGAAAUGUGUGCCUCGUAAAUCUGAUGUAGGUGAAUUUCCGGCACCCGAUCCAGCUGUUCUCGUGCAGAAUUUCGACAUAAAUGAUUUCAACGGGAAGUGGUAUAUAACCAGUGGCCUUAAUCCUACGUUCGACACCUUCGAUUGCCAAGUACACGAAUUCCAUACAGAAUCGAAUAGAUUAAUUGGGAACUUGUCGUGGCGAAUAAAGACACCCGAUUCUGGGUUUUUCACCCGAACAGCUGUCCAGCGAUUUGUGCAAGAUCAAAACUAUCCUGGCAUUUUAUACAAUCAUGACAACGAGUAUCUUCACUACCAAGAUGACUGGUACAUUAUUUCAUCAAAGGUCGAAAACCAACCGGACGAUUACAUCUUCGUGUACUACCGGGGCAGAAACGACGCAUGGGAUGGAUACGGAGGAGCAGUGGUCUACACAAGAAGUCCGGUUUUGCCCGAAAGCAUCGUGCCCCGACUAGAAAAGGCCGCGAAAAGCAUCGGCCGGGAUUUCAACAAGUUCAUCCGGACAGACAAUACUUGCGGGCCGGAACCUCCCCUGGCGGAGAGAUUGGAGAGGGCGGUGGAGGAGGGGGAGGAGGUGGUGGCGAAAGAAGUGGAGGAGGUGAAGAAGAAGGAGAUGACAUUGUUGGAGAGAUUGGGAGAUGGAUUGAAAGAGUUGAUUAAGGACAGAGAUUAUUUUCUGAGGGAAUUGAGCAGAGAAGAGAUGGAGAUACUGAAUGGCCUCAAAAUGGAAGCUUCUGAGAUUGAAAAGGUGUUUGGCAAAGCCAUACCUUUGAGGAAGAUAAGAUAGAUAGAUAGAUAGAUAGAUAUAUGUUUUGUAUUGCAUUGUGGUAAUUAUUUUGAAUUCAUUAGUAGCCAUUGGAUGAAAUUUAUUUAGAUUUAAUGGUUAUAAUUUGAAGGAAAAAAAAUUGUGGAUGAUUUUUGUUUUUGUU